UGAUGUCUUUUUAAAUCAAUUUAAAAAUUGUUAAUAAAGGUGAUAAUGUGACUGAGAUGAGAAUAAAAUUUUUAAAGAAAAUUGAAGAUACUGUUCCACCAGGAGAUGAUUAGACCUACAGUUGUACUGUUCUGCGCCCUGCAAACUGUACUGUUCGAUAAAACAGUUUUGCAUGUACUUAAAAACAAUGGUACAUGUACACAAAACCCAGAUUGUCAUGGUCUGUCUGAAUGAUCUUUAAUAGGGGCAACUAUUAUCCAGCAUUUUAAAGAUUUGUUAAUGUAAUACUGAUUUGAGUUUUUGUCCUGUUCCUUUAAAUAACUUAACUACUGUACCUAUUUAUGUAUAAUUGUUGUAUUCAAUCUAAUAAUAAGAGAAAUAAAGAAUUUUGUUGCAUUUAUCUAGUUUAAUCCAGUUUAAUUUCAGAUUGACAAUGGGGAAAUCUACGAAACAAAUAAAAGAGAAAAUUCCUAUUUCUGGGAUUUGUGAAUAUUUGAAGAAUGCUGGAAAAACAAUCCUUCUCCUCAUACUUCUCCCGCCAAUGCUCAACUAUGGCGGUUUGAAAAAAGAGCGGGAAUAUUUCCAAUCCAACGCCAUCUUGUUUGAUAUUGGGUUUGGUCAGCAGCUGUACAUGAACUGUACUGGGGUUGGGACACCCACAGUUAUACUUGAUGCGCCAACAGGCAGUAGUUCUGAUGUUUGGUUACGUUUACAGAAGGAACUCUCCUCAAUCUCUACAGUCUGUGUCUAUGAUAGGGCUGGUCUGGGACUAAGUGAUGUACCUCGGCAGCUAAAUGCUUCAGAUCCAGGGGAGGGAGCAGUUCUUAGAGCACUAGGACCAGAGAGUACAGUUGUGAGGAUGGUUUCAGAUCUACAUCGUCUUGUUACAUUCGCAACUCCGAGACAGAGACCUUUUCUUCUUGUUGGGGCAGAAUUAGGAGGUGCCGUUGUACAAACAUAUUCACACUUACAUCCACAGGAUGUUGCAGGAUUAAUUCUGAUAAACCCUCUUCACUCAUCUUUACUUCACAUUCCAGCUACAAAUACAGGAAAACAAGAUGGCGAUGAGUCUCCCUGGUUAAAUUACUGGUUUAAUCAUCUCAUACUUUCCUACAGGUUACUUCAGAUCUCUGCUAUGAUGGGGCUGAACAGGCUGGGUUUUUUGGCCGGUCAACUUAACCUACCAAAUAUAUCAGAUGACGAGGAUGUGAUUGCUCGUCAGAAACACCAAGUAUGUGAUCCUUUUCAUGUACAAGCAGUCAUAGAUGAAUACAGUUUGAACCAGGUUGAUGAAAUAUCAAAUAAAUGGAUUCUACCAACUAAUAUAUCUGUAUCAGUUAUCAGAAGUAGUAUGGUAGAGUCUGGCCUAGAACCGGAAAUGACCGGAAUAUUGGAUAAAUCUGUUCAAAAUCUUGUAAACAGUCUUCCUGGAAGCGAGUUUAUAGAUCUGAGGAGUAGCCAAUCAUCAAUAUAUUCUAGCAAAGCUCUUGGAGACGAGAUAAAGAAAACCCUGGAAAAAAUUCAGCAGAAAAUAUGAUAAACAUAAUUAUUAAAUCGAAAAGUAUCUCAAAUUGUUAAAUCAAAAAUAUUUUUCUUAAUUUUUUUAGGCUUUUUUGAACUUAUGUACUGAGAUAAAUUAGUUUUGAAUUAUUUUGUAUUCUUGUUGAAUUUAAAAACUUCAAUGUUUUUAGAGACUUUUGCAUUUUCGUCACACGUGAGUUAUUUGUUAUGUUUUCUGUUUUGUGUUUGUUGAAUUUUUUUAAUGAUCUCAUAUUUUUUGUAAAAA